AUGCAUAAGCUGGCGAUGCAGCCGGUAUCGGCGAGUUGGACGCCCGACAUCCGUCCCGCACUUCCGAUCACCUCCGUCUGUUUGGGAUGGCUCUUUGUGCUGUGUUUCACCCUCCCCGCACGCGGAGGUGCAUGGCGCAUGGUUCGACUCGCCUCCUUCCCAGCUAUCGUGCUGCUGUCGCUGCAGCUGGUGCUGGACCGGCGCAUGACACUCGGCAACCCGCUUCGCGAUCUCGCCCUCCCCAUCCUGGCAUGGACGAUCAUCUGCAAAGCCGCCGAGAUCUGCAUCGUCUUUGCCCCCGGCGGCCCGCGUCCCAUUCGACCCUUCCACAACAGCAAACUGGUGACUCGCAUAGGCGAGGACUAUGCGGCGUACGAAUGGAAGCUCGUCGAUCCACCCAAAAUGGCGUCGUGGGGGCGGGUGGUGUAUGCGCUGGAUGUGUUUCUGCUGCGUCGGGUGGGGACGAGUCCCAUCCGCCCGCGCGAGGGCCGAGCCCUCGAAUGGUCGCUGCGCGGUCUCAAUGACUGGUCGCGCUUCCUGCGACAGAACCGCUGCAACCCAGCGCAGAUUCCUGCCCACUCGACCGUGCGUCGCUUCGGCCAGCCUGAGAUGGCAUUCUACGCUGCCGUGCUGCAGAUGCUCUUUGCCGUCGUCUCGCUACGGUGGAUCCAUGCACUCUCCCACCCCUGCCAAGUGUUCGACAUCUACGGGUUCUGGAUUCCCACCUCUCCUGCAUCGCAAAAGUGGAUCUCCCUCCUCCCAAUCACCGCGGUGAAGCAGAUUCGAAUCAGCGGCAUCCCGGCGUCUGCAUGGAAGCUACCACUACCCACGCUGCUGUUCGUGGUGGUGACGGUGGGAGGCGCUAUCUGCCUGUUGCCUUCUGCGGCGGAAGGACUGUCGCUGCUGGUGUGGAAGCCACGGCCGGCUACAUCGUUUCUGGCGGCGUUCGAGCGGCCACUGACUUCGCCGGGGCUCGCACGGCUGUGGGCACGCAGCUGGCACGCUACGUCGCAGCGCGACUAUCUCGCCAUGGCAUCUCUCCUCCCCGGAUCACGCAACCGAACCCUCCAGCUGCUCUACGUCUUCUUCUGGUCCGGCGUCCAACAUUCGAUGAUGUUCGCUCGACUUCGGAUACCGGAGGGUACACGAUUGACUGGACGCACGGUGCUGGGGGGUAUGGUGGAUCCAGGCAUGGUCGGCUUCUUCCUGUGCCAAGCCGUGGGGAUCUGGAUCGAGACGGCGGUGGUGGAGGCACUGCCAGCCACGUGGCGCAAACAGCGCGUGCUCGUCUCGCUCGCCCGCCGCGCAUGGAUGUACGCCGUGCUGCUCGUGCCCGGCUGCAUGUUCGUCCACAGCAUCCUCCAGCACCGCCUCAUCACGUCCGCCGUCCUCGACGGCUUCUCCCCACGCGCGCUCGCACUCAUGCUCCAGGGCAAAGCAUACUAG